UCAAGAUUUGGUAUGUCAGUAGAAAGAGAUUUUAAUUGUAGACUCGUUUCCCUACUUUUAUCUCUGUGCAAUGUAAAUUACUGUUGCACACAUAAAUUUGGAUUAGCAAAGGGAACACAGCGUCCGCCGAGAAUAAAUCAUGGUUUGAAAAAUUAAGGCAACGGAAGGAAACCAAUAAUUGAUCCUGUUCUAGAUUUAUUCACCCAUGAUUUUGCCGAUUGCUGUGGAAAAAUGAGAUAAAGAUCCCUGCUCACUGAUCGAGCUAAGAACAAAAGAAUGGAAAAAGAGGCGACUGCUGAGGCUGGUGUUAGUGGUGGUGGUGGUGGUGGUGUUGUCAGUACGAGUGGGAGUCCGAGAACUAAAAAUGCUCCUGGAAUUCUACGUGUGGACGCCCCAAAAAGCAGUAGAAUUGUUGUUCAGUCGCCCGGAGAGCCAAGUUCGCCUCAACCCUCGGUGGACAGAUUGUCAGUCUCAUUUGCCCCAGAGUAUGAGAGAGAACGCUCCUCCUGGUCUGACACGGACUACGGCGACCCCCACCAUCUGCCUCCCAGCAGCCCUGGCGACCUCCCCUCCGACGUGUCCGUGAAAGUGAAUGUGUUAAACAUGAACGAGGGUGGUGCCAUGGUCGGCGGUGGGGGUGGCAGCCCGUCCCCCGUUAUGCCUCCCGGGCAAGGUCAAUCCUCUCCAUUAAAUCCUGGAAACCGACUUUCCGUUGUGGCUGUAGUGUCUGAUGAGGAUGAUGAUUACUCGGCUUCAAUGACAGCCAUUCUCCAGCGGCGAACGUCCAUGCGGAAAGUGAAGGGUGGCAAGAGGAGAACUUCUUCCCCCUUCGACAGCGACCGUCGGCGUUCAUCCGUCUUCACUACCAGUUCCGGAGAUACGGCGAUCAGCAUGGAUGGCGAGGCUGCAACACAAGAGCAAAUAUUUGAGAAUAUUCGCCUGCAUAAGGAGCUACUAGACCAUGUUAAGCAGCAGCCGUGGGAAAUGCGGAGAAAGUUUAAAUUGACCCAGCAAGCGAAGGAGUAUGUUAAGAGGCACGAGGGUGAGUUGCAGGAGAGGCUCGCUCAAUCUAAAAGCACAAAGGACAUCAUGGCAAGAUUCAAGCUGAUGUUGAUGAGAUAUUGGCAACACCUGAAACGACAGCUAUUAAACAUGGCUGCAAAUAUGAUUCCUUGGGAGUUGAGAAUCAAGCAAAUUGAAUCUCAUUUUGGAUCUGUGGUGGCUUCAUAUUUUACAUUCCUCCGUUGGAUAUUUUGGAUUAAUUUAGUGAUCUCUGCAAUACUCAUUUGCUUCGUCGUUGUACCAGAGGUAUUGGCUGCUGACCCCAAAAAUGCUGGUCAACGGAAAAUGUUGCUCCCGUCAGAAGAGAAAACUGCAACUUAUCUCUCAACCAUUUGGGAAUUUGAAGGAAGCUUAAAGCAUUCUCCAUUCUUUUACGGAUUCUACACUGACCAGAAAAAAACGAAGGAAGGAUAUCCUCUCCCACUCUCAUAUUUUAUGACGGGCAUGGGUGUCUACAUUUACAGCUUUAUUGCCAUCUUACGCAAAAUGGCCAAAAAUUCUCGUCAGUCUAAGCUAUCCGAAAAGGAGGAUGAAUGCGCGUUUAGCUGGAAACUUUUCUGUUCUUGGGAUUACAUGAUUGGAAAUCCUGAAACUGCUUUCAACCGAUUUGCCUCAAUAACUAUGGGAUUUAAGGAAGCACUCUUGGAAGAAAAGGAAAGGACAAAGGAUGAGAGAAAUUGGAAAAUAAUUAGUCUUCGUGUUCUGGCCAACUUUCUCAUUCUUUUGCUACUCAUGUCGUCGGCUGGAGCCGUCGUGUUGGUAGUUCGCAGAUCUGGAGAUGUCAAACCGACAGACUCGUGGUGGCGACAAAAUGAAAUCACGUUGGCCCUCUCACUAAUUACCACUAUUUUUCCAAACAUCUUUGAAUUAAUUGGCUUAUUGGAGAACUAUCAUCCCAGAAAACAGUUGAGAUGGCAGUUAGCAAGAAUUAUGGUCCUCAACUUCCUCAACUUGUAUACUCUCAUCUUCGCCUUGUUUGGGAAAGUUGCCAAAAUGUCUCAAGACCUCGAAGCAUUACGUCCAAACUAUACGACAACUUUGAUGCCACCAACAACCGAGCCCCCGUUUUGCUCCGAUGUCAGCGUCAACUGCACGAUUCUUGAAAACUACGCGUCCUAUGAGGACUUCAAGCAGAACAAUGCCGUUCUCGUUUUUAUUGCAAAUCUCACGACGCUCUUGCCGAUAAAUGAAAUUUCCUCGUCCCUUGCACCCAACACUUCACACACUAUGAGUUCCAAUGGAAAAUUCAACAUGACGGAGUGGUGGAAAUUAAUUCAUACGCUACUGCCAACGACGGACAUUUCUCAAAUAUUUAAUGCUGGUAAUGUUACGGAGUACACGAGUGAAACCUGGUCGGAAUAUGCGGACGAUGAAAAUUAUACAUUUUGGACAAAUCAGUCCACUGUAGACUUGAAUGAAACAAGUCUGUGGACACCCGAAAACAAAACUGCAUUAAUUACGGCUCUUCCAAUAAUGGUGAAACUUUUGAGUGCAUAUCUAGCCACAAUUGUUCCUACGCUUACAAGGACAACCCCAUUUCUGGGAGAUCUUUCAAGCAAUGUGACUUAUCUGCCCAUACUUUCAUCCACUUAUGCGAAUGCCUCAAGUUCAAGUGAAUACUACGAGAGUACAGAAAUCAUCGGGGUUUCCUCGGCAGGUCCAGAUACGAGCACAUUCCGACCCCCAAAGAAAAUUAAACCCAGGAAACCUGGCUCGCUUAAGAAGAACAAAACUAAUGGGACACGUAAGCCAAAAUUCAAAAGAACGACGCACAGCAAAAGCAACUUCCCCAAUGGAAAACCAACUGAUCCACCCGAUGAAGAUUACACACAGCCAGACUGGUCAAAAUAUCCAGUAGUGAGUGAGGAGGAUGAGGACGAUAGCUUUGUUCUCAAAUUGGGACGCAAUGGAAAUGGCUUUUAUGGGAAGUCGUCCACUCGAGGCGACAUUCCAGUGGAGCCCAAGGAAGACCCGAGCACGACUACGACCACGGAAAUGCCCUCCACGACAACCUUCCUCCCAGAACCUACCACCCCUGAAAGUCUCGACAAGUUCUUGACAAACGUAAUGGCUGUUGUAACAAUGAUAUUCAACCAUAAUUCUACAAAAACGGAUGAAAUUGACUACUCAAAAGUUCGUGAUUUUUCCAAAUGGGUCACGACUUUGGAAAGCGUUGUAGAAACGAGGAAGGUGACGUCUCCCUAUUGGAACUCUACUUUUGGGACUACGGUUAAAGUGAAUAUGGACGAUAAGGAGACCAAGAAAUGUUAUGUCACCAUUUGUGAAGACGGAAAAACAAGUCCUUCAGAUUUAAAUGAGUUUUUAAACUGCACUGAUACGUUUUGCUCUUUGGAAGUAAUGCUAGGACCACGGACUGACAACUGUUGGGUUCCGCAAAGCCGUUCUUGCAUAACAACGACUGAACCUCCACCCACUUUGCCACCAGAUACUAGUAUAAAAUUAAGAAAGCUUUGUUGGGAAACCAUGUUUGGCCAGGAGCUCGUUAAACUAACUGUGAUGGACUUGAUCUUCACCGUUGGAUUUAUUCUUGUGCUUGAUUUUAUUCGUGCAAUUCUUGUUCGUAUUUUAAAUCCCUGCUGGUGCUGGGACCUUGAAAAGAAAUUUCCUCAAUAUGGUGACUUUAAGAUAGCAGAAAACAUUCUGCAUCUGGUGAACAACCAGGGCAUGGUGUGGAUGGGUAUGUUCUUCUCUCCCGGUCUGCCCACGCUGAAUUUGAUCAAAUUGGUGGUGCUCAUGUACAUCCGUUCUUGGGCUGUGAUGACCUGCAACGUUCCUCACGAAACUGUGUUCCGAGCAUCGCGUUCCAACAAUUUCUACUUUGCUCUCCUUCUCUUCAUGCUCUUCCUCUGCACACUUCCAGUCGCGUUUGCCGUGGUGUGGCUUCAACCUUCAUGGCACUGCGGACCCUUCUCCAACUAUGAGCGAAUAUAUCACAUUUUGACACAAGCCAUUCUCAAUGCUCUACCAGAGAGCUUGCACUGGAUUCUUAACUAUAUUGCUUCGCCUGGUAUCGUAAUUCCAUUAUUGGUCCUGCUAAUCCUCAUCAUUUACUACUUGCUUUCACUCACUGGAGCCUUGCGGGAAGCAAAUGUCGAUUUGAAAUUUCAACUUCGAAGGGAGAGAACCGAAGAACGGAGGAAAAUGUUUAAAAUGGCUGGGAAAAAGGACGACACGCCGAUGGGGAAAUGGCAGUCGUUGAUUCCUAUGAUGAACCCCAAGUCUUCAGGGGAAGGAGGAAAGGAGAAAAGGACUUCAAUCUUAACAUCAGGGAAAAUGACGGGAUUUGCAGGGGCUGCAAAACGCGCAGCUUUGAAAACGAGACAAUUGCAGGCCGCAGCAGCAGCAUCAGCAGCCGCAUCGGCGGAAGAUGACGGCAACGCCACAGAUAUUGACCAAGCAUCACUGCCAGAAGAUGUGGGGGCAGGACAUCGAAAAACGUCCCGACCUUCAGGAACUUCGACUUCAGGAGUUCCUAGAAAACCUUCUUGCACUGAUUCGGUUGCGUCGACAAGGUCAGAAAUUCCAGUCAUAAAAAUAAGUGAAGAAGAAGAGUCAAAGGCAGGUCCCAGCGGAGCAGUUGGUGAGUCGGCAAAACCAAUUGUUGUUCCAUCAAAGAAACAGCGUGUACUGAAAGCUUUGAUCAAAGCAGGAAAGGAACAAGAGCAAACGCCAGAGGCUGAUGAAAAAUCAGAGGACCCUUAAAUGAAUUAACCACUAUAUACAUAUAUAUUAAACUAUUUACGGUUUUCUACUACUUUCACUCGCCCUGACAUGUUCACCCUAUCUCAAUUAUAUUAAAAAUCGAUUUACCUAACUUAGUUUGCUUUGGCUAAAAUUCAAUGUUUACGUUAUGAAAUGUCAAUUUAAUAAAGUUGACAAUGUUAAAAACA